UGUCAGUCUCACGCCUCUUCACAGUUACACUCCAUUCCCUUGUCCUGUCUCUGGAGCCCCCCCUCCCCCAGUCUUCACAAGGGAAAAGCAGAGUAAAAAAGACACAGGCAAUAAUGAAGACGAGCCACAUCAUUCAGUUGUGCUUUUGCUUUCCUGGCCUCUGCCCGGGUGACAAAAGCCCAGGACGAGACCCAGAAGAGCUUUUUGCCCCUCCUGAGCAAGCUGAUAUUCUUUCGCAUGGUCUUCUGCAGCUAGCGUCAGCUCUGAGGGAAGAGACCAUCUACAGCGGCGAACGCAUGGAGAACAUCGUUGACAGCCUGUCAGCCUUUAGCAAAACACUGUCAGAGCUGCGCACUAAGGGAGCCGCUGUACGCGAGAGGUGGGCGGAUUUAAAGAGAGAUGGCCAAGUGUUCACCGUCCAGCGUGAGAUGUUACAGAAGAGUGCCGAAGAGCUCAGGCAUCAAUUUGACUCCCUGGAGGUCUAUAAGGACGCCCUUACCAAGAGACUGGCCAUUGCAGAGAGGAAGGUGCAAUGGACCUCACAACCCAGUCUGGGGCUACAGCAGCCUCUGAAUCUGACUCUCCUCAAAUCUUCAGUAGAAGUCCAGUCAAGACUUCUCACUGAACUAGAAGCAGUGGUAGCGAUUCAAGAAGAAAAGAUCAACCAGCAGGAGCAGCACAUCAAAGCCAUGCAGAACCAGGUUUCCAACUACAAGAAAAACACAAACUGAAGAAUACUCAAAGGCUAACUGGAAGGAAUUCUACAGAUGGGACAAGAAUAGUGAGAGCAAGGCAUAUAUAAACAUUUAAAACAUAACACUAGGUACAUAAACUCAAUAAACCUGAUUUUGCUCAAUUUA